AUCUAGGAAACCCCUUACGCGCAGGCCAGAAUCAGAGAUCGCGACGUUACGUCGUCGCCAUUUUGUUUCACCGGGAGUAAAGAAAUCAACCUGAAAAGCACCGGGCGUGAAUAUUUUCCUUUAUUUGAAGCACAUUCAACACGGCGGAUAAGCACCGUGCACCCAAGUUAAGAUUCGCAUGAUGUCUGGAGACAUGGCCACAGAUCAUGUAAAUGGGAAUGGUACGGAGGAACCAAUGGACACUACCACAGAGGCAGAGGUGACCCGCUCAGAACACUUCCCAGCUUUACUGGAGGCUGGUUUACCUCAAAAUGUUGCUGAGAAGCUGGAUGAACUUUACGUAGCAGGCCUGGUAGCACAUAGUGACCUAGACGAAAGGGCUCUUGAAGCUUUGAAAGAAUUCAAUGAGGACGGAGCCCUGCAAGUGCUGCUCCAGUUCAAAGAGAGUGACCUGUCACAUGUGCAAAACAAAAGUGCCUUUCUCUGUGGGGUGAUGAAGACUUACAGACAGAGGGAGAAACAAGGGACUAAAGUUUCAGACUCCACUAAAGGACCAGAUGAGGCCAAAAUCAAGGAACUCCUGGACAGAACCAACUACACACUCGAUGUAACAACAGGCCAACGAAAGUAUGGCGGGCCCCCACCUGAGUCUGUGUACACGGGCGCCCAACCCAACGUUGGAACAGAGAUUUUUGUCGGGAAGAUUCCCCGCGACUUGUUUGAAGACGAGCUGGUUCCCCUCUUUGAGAAGGCUGGACCCAUCUGGGACCUGAGGUUAAUGAUGGACCCACUCAGUGGCCUGAACAGGGGCUACGCCUUCGUCACGUUCUGCACUAAAGAAGCCGCCCAGGAGGCUGUGAAGCUGUGCAAUAAUCAUGAGAUCCGCCCUGGCAAGCACAUUGGGGUGUGUAUAUCUGUCGCCAACAACAGGCUAUUCGUUGGCUCCAUUCCCAAGAGUAAAACAAAGGAACAGAUUGUUGAAGAGUUUGGUAAAGUCACAGAGGGCCUCAGUGAUGUCAUACUUUACCAUCAACCCGACGACAAAAAGAAGAACCGAGGCUUCUGCUUCCUGGAGUACGAAGACCACAAAACGGCCGCUCAGGCUCGUCGCCGGCUAAUGAGCGGCAAGGUGAAGGUUUGGGGUAACGUGGUGACGGUGGAGUGGGCCGAUCCCAUCGAAGAUCCCGACCCAGAGGUCAUGGCCAAGGUGAAGGUUUUAUUUGUGAGAAAUCUUGCCAAUGGGGUCACAGAGGAGAUCCUGGAGACGUCAUUUAGUGAGUUUGGAAAACUGGAGCGAGUUAAGAAGCUCAAAGACUACGCCUUCAUUCACUUUGAAGAGAGGGACGGUGCAGUGAAGGCGUUGGAAGAAAUGAAUGGGAAGGAGCUGGAGGGAGAGCCGAUUGAGAUCGUCUUCGCCAAGCCACCGGAUCAGAAAAGGAAGGAGCGCAAGCAACAGAGGCAAGCAGCCAAAACACAAAUGUAUGAUGACUAUUACUACUACCCUCCUCCUUCCCACAUGCCGCCUCCUGUCAGAGGCCGGGGCAGAGGCGGCAACCGGGGCGGCUAUGCCGCUUACCCCCCUGACUACUACGGCUACGAGGACUACUACGACUACUACGGCUAUGACUACCACAACUACCGCGGCGGCUACGACGACCCCUACUACGGCUACGACGACUUCCAGGCGCCGAGCCGAGGACGAGGCGGCAACCGGGGCUCCCGGGGAGGAUCCUCACCGGCCAGAGGGCGUGGUGGCGUCGGGGUACCCAGAGGCAGGGCCAACUUCUCCCAGCGGGGCGGGCCCGGGCCGGGCCGUGGCGUGCGGGGAGCAAGAGGAGGCGUGCCGCCGAGAGGGCGCGGAGGGCAGGAAAAAGGGGUCGAGGCCGGUCCUGAUGUGUCGCUAUGAAGACUGACCAGCGUCUGGCGUUGCACGCUGCAGGCUGCCAGUGGAAGGAAUGGUAAGGUCAACUGACUCAGUGGUCCAAUGGCAUUCCCGCCCUUUUUUUUUUUUUCUCCCGAACCUGCCAUGUUCAAAGAUAAUCACAAGAGCCAAACAUGGGCUUGCUUUUCUUAGAAAGAAAACGUUUUCAAGCUCCCCCAGCCCGACACCUGAAAAUAUGCCAUUUGAGACUUGCUGAGUAGGAGUUCAUGAUGGACAUCCUCCUGGAAAAGUCUUUGCACUUUUUUUAAGUUUUAAGUUUUGGAGUGGUUUAGUGAAAUUCUAUGCUAUUUUUGUUGUAUUCUUUGAGCUGCUAAGUCCAGUUCAGACCAAAGAUGUGCGAUGAGAGGAGUUACUACUGCACCUUCUUGCAAUGCGCCAAUCUGCAGAGUUCUGAAACCUGCCAGCUAACAACCAAUAAGACAGGAUGCUUUAACUCCAUAGCAUCGGGGGGGGUUAGCAGCUGGAUAUCAUGUGUAGAGUCUUAAAAGAAUAUAUGAAUGACUGUGAUGGUGAGAUUCUUGCUACAGUUGCAUUUCUAGCAGCGAUGAAACGGUGAAAAUGUUUUCUUUCUCUGCUUUGUUCUAACUGCGCUCCCUCUUUUCAGUUCCUCUAUCACUCUCCACCACGUACCAAUCGCUUGCUGGCGCUCGUUAAGUCUGUUUUAAAACUGCCAUUUCAACCAGCUGACACAUAACUGUAACCGAAAUAAAAUAGAUUAUGGAUGAUUUUAUUACUAUAGUUUAUAGCGGACUUCUCUAUUGGCUGUAGAAACAGGAGACGUCUCUUACGUUCUAAAACCAGCCUCUGGAGACUCCACCAGCCGAGUCGCAGCCACGCCAUCGGCUCUUUUGAGUCGAGCUGAGACGGGCCUGAAACGUUCGAAAACAGGUUUCGUCUUGUCACAAGUCUUUGGUCUGAACUGGACUUAAAACUACAUCUUUACGAUGGACUUUAUGUGAUAAUCUACGAUUAUCAGAGAUGGUGUUGAGAUGCGAUCACCUUCUCUCGAAGGUCGGGCAUUCCAGGAACAGGGUUCUUUAAGAACUUGCACCACCAUGGGUCCGUUAACUACCUCCGUUUCGAGGACUCGCCUGCUCUGCCCCUUUUUUGUACUCAAGGAAACUGAGGCACUUUCACUCCACCUCAGCGAUAUGCACAGGCAGCAACAGAGCACUUGAUGAAUUUUAGCUCUUAGUUGAGGCUACAUCUACACUACUACGUUCUGCUUUAGAAACUGUUACCUCUUAACACGUUAAAGAGGAUACGUUUGUCUCUCUCCCUCCAUAUUAUAGCAUUAAUAUAUCAAAAUGUCAUAUUCCACUUUGUAUCUUUUCUUCUCUUCUGCAAAAUAUACAUUUGUUGGUACACUAUAACCGUAGACAAACUUGUAAAUACAGAUAAAUAUGUACCUUUGUAAUCAUAAUUUUCUUUAUUAUUAUAUUGGGGAACUUGUGUUUGGUUGACUGAAAACCAGUACAGUCUUAGUCUACAUCUUGACUAAUGUGUUUUGGUUUAAAAACGAAUAUCUUUUUCUACGUUCACGCCUCGCGUCCACACUACUCUGCCGUUUCGGAGCCCCUAAAACUUUAACAUUUGGAAACACUGCUGCCUCCGUUUUUGGUUUGAAAACUCUGGGGUUGCUUUGUAGUCUGGAUGGACACAAACCGAGACCUAUGGAAACCACGACGUCGUAUCGGUUAGGUAGCUUACAGACCUUUCAGUAACAGUUCUGUCUGUCUCUCUGAUUGUCUGUCUAUCUGACAGUCUCUCUGACUAUCUCUCUGAUG